AUGGCUAAGAGAAGAACUAAGAAGAGAACUCAUAAGAAAAUUUCUGAAGAAGAAUUAGCAUCGAUACCUAAAUCAAUGGUUCUUCAUUUAGGUACAUCAUUGAAAAAUCAUUCUUUAACUCAAUUAGUAAAUGAUUUUAGAAAUGUUAUGCAACCUCAUACUGCUAUAAAUUUAAGAGAACGUAAAUCUAAUAAAUUAAAAGAUUUUAUAGUUAUGUGUGGUCCAUUACAUGUAUCAGAUAUUUUUAUUUUUAAUCAAACUGAAUCAGGGAAUAUUACUUUAAGAAUUGGUAAAUUACCUCGAGGACCAAAUUUACAAUUUAAAAUUAAUAAUUAUUCAUUAUGUAAAGAUGUUAGAAAAAUAUUAAAACAUCCAAAACUGAUUAGUAAAGAUAAUUCAAUUUUUCAUAUACCUCCUUUAUUAGUAUUAAAUGGUUUUGGUAAAAUUCUGGAAAUGUCUCAACAUGAAAAAUUAAUGAUAACAAUUUUCCAAAAUAUGUUCCCUCCAAUUCAACCUCAAUCAACAAAAGUUUCAUCAAUUAAACGAGUAUUAUUAAUUAGUAAAAAUAAAAAUAAUAAUAAUAAUAAUAAUGGUGAUGAAAUUGAAUUGAGACAUUAUGCUAUUAAUACUAAAUUAGUUGAUGAAAAUAGAAAUGUUAAAAAAUUGAUUCAAUCACAUCAUAAUUUAAAGAAAAAUUUACCAAAAUUAACUAAUAAUCAAGAUGUUUCUGAUUUAUUAUUAGAUCCUUAUUCAAUUGGUGGUUUAACUUCUGAUAGUGAAAUAGAAGAUGAUGCUGUAGUUGAAGUACAACAAGAAACUUUUGUUAAAAGAGAACCACCAAAAGAAAUAGAUCCAGACCAAGCACCACAAGAACAAGAACAACAAGAACAACAACAGCAGCAGCAGCAGCAGCAGCAGCAGUUAACAGGGAAAAGUAAACGAGCAAUUAAAUUGACAGAAUUAGGACCAAGAAUAAAUAUGUCAUUAAUGAAGAUUGAAGAAGGUUUAAUUGGUUCAUCGAAAACUAUAUAUCAUUCUUCAAUUAAAAAAUCAGAAGAAGAAAUUAAAUCAUUAGAAAAGAAACAUCAAUUAAAACAACAAUUGAAAUUGGAAAGAAGAGCUAAACAACAAGCUGCUGUUAAAGUCAAAUUAGAUAAAAAAGAAGCUAAAAAAGCUAGAAGAAAAGCUAGAGAAGAAGGUAAAAAUGAUGAUGAUGAUGAUGAUGAACAAGAUGAAGAAGAAGAAGAAGAAGGUUCUGGUUCUGGUUCUGGUGAUGAUUCUGAUGCUGUUGAUAUUAAUCCAGAAGAUUAUGAAAAUGAUAGUGAUUUAUAUAGUGAUGUUGAUGUAUAA